ACCCGCACUUUCGAACUAGUACUAACAAGAAAAAUCUGGAAAGGAGGAACAAAAACCAACCCCCGGAAACAACAGGCAGACCCAAAACGACAGCGACAUGGGAACCGAAACCACCCGGGACGAGAGCGAGGACUUGUCGCGGCUGUUCGAACGCGUCGACGACCCAGAGUCCCUGACCCCGGACGACUUUUUAGAACGGUUCGAGCGGGUCGGKUUUCUKUGGUUCCGGAGCGGCGGCAGCGGCAAACUGCCAGCGACGGYAACACGGAUGCCCAUGCCGACCGGAAACSAGAUYCUCGGCUUUGUUGGGGAGCAUUCCGCCKCUUGCGAAGCCAGCUGGUCGGUGGAAAAUCACGGAACUAUCGCCGARACCGAUAAAACCACGGGCCGAAUCACACCCAAAACACUGGAGGGCUUUACGGGGACAAGCGAUUCCUUUUAUGUAUCGACGAUUGUCCACCGCAGCAGCGACGACAACGAAAACACAGACGAMRACGACAACGACAACGAUGGAAGCAAKGAYGAUUCAUCMAAAGCGCACAAAUCMUUGAUGAAGAUGCUUCCCAGAUUCGACAAUGUCUUUGARGAUCUCUACGAGAUCGGUGAACCCUCCGGCACCUGGCUCUUUCUCGGCCACCACGGYGUUUCUGGUUCCGCCAAAAAGAAACGRAAGCGGGAAACAGAAUCCGAAACCAAAWCCGAYAACGAGGCKGCGGCYAACACCUURGUGGGCCGUGCCGAGCACGUGGAYGAGGUUACGCACUCGGGCACCUACCACAUCCAGAUUGCUGGGACAAAAACAUGGAAGAUUCGCCCCCACCCCGAUUCGAUGCUGGCCGAGGAGCUCUCGAUCAAUGGCAGCGUUGGUGAUAAUGGRAAGAACAAGCGCAACCGCUGGAACCUCGAAAUAACCGUCGAAGAGGGAGACGUUUUCGUGCUCAACACCAAAAUAUGGUACCAYCGGACGGAACUGAACUACAAAGGGUCGUCCAACGACAGCAUCGAGGGUGGCAAUAACRGUUCUGCCUCGGAAUGGUCAAUCAGCGCUGCGCACGAUUUCUAUCUGCCGGUUCCCUGUCCRAGGGACGUUAAAAAGRGAGAAUCCGUCUUUGCCAACGGCGACGAGAAAGAGGGGAGCGACGAAGAAAUCCCCGAGGACCUUCCGAGGAGCGCCAACCCCAACUGCGUCCUGRUCGAAAUCGAUGCGCACGGCGACGCCGGGGACAGCGACGCCGACGACCGAUCGGCCGCCAKCGGAACGGAAAUCGCCCUGGUCGCCCUGCGRGACAUUGCCGAGGGCGAGUCGCUGUCGAUUGCCUUCGACGACGAUGCGGACCGGCUGGGCAACGCCAGCGAGCAGAUGGACCCGCGGGCGAUCUCCGACCGCGACUGGAAAAAGGGCCAGGCCGUCCUCGAGGGGGAGGACCGCAUCCCCGCGGACCUGCCGAGGAGCUACGAGCCCAGCUGCGAGCUGGUCGAUASCGAGAACGGCGACCUUWUGCUGCGGGCCCUGGUGGACAUUCCUGCGGGCGGGGUCUUUUGCGUCCUCCCGGACGACGACGAAGAAUACGAGGAGGUCGAGGUCGAUCUCGGAACCGGUGAGCUGGUGCGGUAGCAGCAGGUGCAGGCAYAGUCCUAUCCAAACCUAUCCAAUGCAAUUCGAUACAAUAAACUAGAUUUGCGCAU